AUGCUGCCAUUGAACGCGAGGAUAGCAGGUUUGAAGAGUGAGCGUGAACAGCAAAAGAAAAGCAAGAAGACAGAUAGAAGAAGCAAUUUCGGGAAGAGGUUUUUGCCAUCUUGCAUGGGAUUUCAAUCUCCAACUUCUCGCCCUACCCGAAGUGACGCCGUUUUGAACCACCAUCCACCAUUUCCGAUCAUUCACCAGUUUCUGCUGCCGCCGCCGCUGCCGCCACCGUCUACGGUUCUGCUUCCGAUACCUUUCAACCCCUCACUUUUCUUCAUGAUGGACAAUCAAAGGUCCAUUUCUCUGCUUCAGAUAGUCUCAUCGUGGAUCAAGAAGGUUGCAUGCCUGCAUCAACUACCAGAGCACCAAAUUGCUGUCACAUCUGCCACAAUAUUGACUUAUGGAUCUUAUGGCCUCGGAGUUCACAGCUCAGGGUCUGACAUUGAUGCUUUGUGUGUUGCUCCUUUCUUUGCCUCAAUUGCAAAUGACUUUUUUGUUGUGUUGUACGACAUGCUUAGAAGGAGACCCGAAGUAUCGUAUAUUCACUGUGUCAAGAGUGCAAAAGUCCCUUUAAUGCGAUUUACAUUUGAAGGGGUUUCCAUUGAUCUUCCGUACGCUCGGCUUAAUGUACUAUAUGUUCCUGAGAAUGUUGACAUAUUAAAUCCAUUUUUCAUGAGGAAUAUUGAUGAUACCAGCUGGAAAAGCUUGUCCGGGGUACGGGCAAAUAAAUACAUUCUUCAUCUACUUCCUAAUAUAGAGAAAUUUCAAUGCAUGCUACGAUGUCUUAAACUAUGGGCAAAAAGACGAGGAGUUUAUGGAACUUUGCUCGGUUAUUUGGGAGGAGUUCAUAUGACAAUUCUUGCAGCAUAUGUUUGUCUAAGACACCCAGACGCCACCUUAAAUGCUCUAAUUAUCAACUUUUUUCAAACAUUUGCAUUUUGGCCCUGGCCUUCUCCAGUGAUGUUGCAGGAAGGAAUGUUGUUAACAGUCGUAAAUGCGAUAGAAACACGGUCCUUCAUGCCUAUAUUUCUGCCAUCUAGCUGUUAUGAGUACUGUCAUACAAAUAUUACUAAAAGCACUUUCUUUCGGAUCAGGACUGAGUUUCUUCGUGGACAUGAGAUGACAAAGGAUCUUUUGAAGCCAGAUUUCAUUUGGGAUAAUGUAUUUGAGCCUUUUCCAUACUCAAAAAGAUACUCCCAAUUUCUGAAGAUAUGUCUCACUUCUCCUAACCAUUAUGCACUGAUUGAAUGGGUUGGUUGGGUAAAGUCACGCUUUCGAGGUCUUCUUCUACAUCUGGAGGUUAUUCAAGGAUUUUGUGACCCUAAUCCCACAGAAUAUGUUGAUAGUGAGAAAGCAGAACCAAACGUAGUUUUCUACUGGGGUUUGCAGCCAAGUAACAAUAAUAUCCUGGACAUUGAUUCGGUCAAGGGGGAGUUCAUGAAGAUUAUCAAGAAUGGCUAUGAAGUUGUGGAUCCGUGGCGCAAUGGUAGCGCGUCUGACUCCAGAUCAGAAGGUUGCGUGUUCGAUUCACGUCGGAAUCAAUCAUCACCUGUGGAUCCGUGGCGCAAUGGUAGCGCGUCUGACUCCAGAUCAGAAGGUUGCGUGUUCGAUUCACGUCGGGAUCUUAGAGUGUCUAAGGUUGUGCCAGGAGGGUCUCUUAAUGCCUUCCUUUUUCUUCUCAUCGGAGUUAUUUCACAAAGACUUGCCAUGAUAAAGAAGAAGGGGGAAUAA